AGAUCCGAUUUCGGAAGUGAUGCUGCCAUUAUGUUUUUCAGAUGAAGUUUAUGGGUUUAGGUACUGUCGUACAUUAGGCGUCCAGCCAAUAUAAGCCGCCGACUAGGUUUAGUUGCCCAUUCAUUUGUGAGGCAAGAGUUUAAUGAAUGUUGACAUCUCCGUUUAUUGAGCAAAGAAACCGGCUUGGUAUUUUUAUAGGGGCGUUUUCACUUUCUGAAGCAGAGCCAUGUCUCCUUCGGUGCGUCUGCAGGAGAUGAUCAGGGUGAUCAGAGGAGCCCGUACACAGGGUGAGGAGCGUGGUGUGAUCCAAAGAGAGUGUGCUGCCAUCCGCGCACAGUUCAGACAGGCGGACAAUGGGACCCGCUCUCACAAUCUGGCAAAGCUGCUGUAUGUGCACAUGCUGGGCUACCCCGCCCACUUUGGUCAGGUAAGGGCGUGGAUUAGACAACAAAUCAGUAUCCGAUGUGAUCACCAUUUGCCUCAUGCAGCACGGCACAUCUCCUUCACAUAGAGUUGAUCAGGCUGUUGAUUGUGGCCUGUGGAAUGUUGUACCACUCCUCUUCAAUGGCUGUGCGAAGUUGAUGGAUAUUGGCGGAAACUGGAACACGCUGUCGUACAAGUCGAUACAGAGCAUUCCAAACGUACUCAAUUGGUGGCAUGUCUGGUGAGUAAUGCAGGCCAUGGAAGAACUGGGACAUUUACAGCUUCCAGGAAUUGUGUACAGAUCCUUGCGACAUGGGGGAUGUGCAUUAUAAUGCUGGAACAUGAGUUGAUGGCGGCUGAUGAAUGGCAAGACAAUGGGCCUCCGGAUGCCAUAGAUAAAAUGCAAUUGUGUUCGUUGUCUCUAGCUUAUGCCUGCCCAUACCAUAAACCAACACCUCCGUGGGGCACUCUGUUUACAACGUUGACAUUGCAACAGACUGAUGUACACAACGCCAUACACUGUCUGUCUGCCCGGAUAUUUUAGUUAUGAAUCUGAUCGUGAUGACAUUGACAUUUCAGGCAGCUCUAUGUGCAGUACACAUGGUGAGAAAAGUACCAGAGCUAGGGGAGCUGUUCACCCCUGCAGCUCGAUCCCUGCUCUCUGAAAAGAACCACGGGGUGUUACAUGGAGCUGUGGUUCUGAUCACUGAGCUGUGUGAGCGCAACCCAGACACUCUAGAGCAGUUUCGUAAGGCGGUGCCGGAGCUGGUCCUGAUGAUGAAAGGCCUGGUGAUGUCGGGCUACUCUCCAGAACACAAUGUGGCUGGGAUCAGUGACCCAUUCCUGCAGGUGCGCAUUCUUAGGUUGCUGAGGAUCCUGGGGCGCAAUAAUGACACAGCCAGUGAUGCCAUGAAUGAUCUGCUGGCCCAGGUGGCUACGAACACAGACAGCAGUAAGACCGCAGGCAGUGCUGUUUUGUAUGAAACUGUUCUCACUGUCAUGGACAUCAAAUCAGAAAGUGGCUUGAGGGUCUUGGCUGUGAACAUCCUGGGGAGAUUUCUUCUGAACAAUGAUCGGAACAUCCGGUAUAUUUCCAUGACUUCCCUUCAGAAAAUUGUUCAGACGGACCACAAUGCAGUGCAGCGUCACAGGGGGACCAUAGUGGACUGCCUGAAGGACCAGGAUGCUUCUGUCAAACGCCGGGCGUUGGAGCUUUCUUUGGCCCUGGUGUCAGCUGUCAACAUCCGCUCUCUGAUGAAGGAGCUUCUCCUCUUCCUCUCCAGCUGUCCCCCAGAGCUCCGAGCACACACCACCUCGGGCAUCUUCAACGCUGCAGAGAGGUAUGCUCCCUCUCAGCGCUGGCACAUUGACACCAUCCUGCAUGUCCUCACCACGGCAGGGGGUGACGUGCGGGAUGAGACGGUGCCCAACCUGAUCCAGCUCAUCACCACCGCAACAGAACUUCACUGCUACACGGUCCACAAGCUGUACAGAGCCCUGAUUACAGACAUCUCAGUGCAAUCCCUGGUACAGGUUGCGUGCUGGUGUAUUGGGGAGUAUGGAGACCUGCUUCUGAGAGGAGAGUGUGAGGAGACAGAACCUGUUCAGGUGACAGAGGAUGAUGUCCUGGACGCCUUGGAAACGGUUCUACAGUCACAUAUGUCAUCGCCAGCAACCAGGGGCUUCGCUCUCACAGCAACCAUGAAACUCAGCACACGCAUAACACAUAACGUGGAUCGCAUUAGGAGCAUCGUCAGCAUCUACGGCAGCUGUAUCGACGUGGAACUCCAGCAGAGAGCAGUGGAAUAUAACGCUCUCUUCAAGAAAUAUGACCACAUGAGGGCUGCGGUGCUGGAGAGAAUGCCGGUGAUUGACAAAAGCUCCCCGGGACAUACCAAUGGAGAAUCAGCAGGGGGGACUAUCAAAGAGUUGGAGCCAACCAAACUGACACAGGAAAUAGUAUUUCCCCAGGAACCUUCUAAUCAGGUGUGUGAUCUGUUGGACCUGCUGGGUGGUUCUGGGGAGCCUUUCCAGCCCAGCCCAUCCCUGUCCAGCACAGCACCCGGCCCAGCUAGCAGCACGGCUGGGGGAGACCUACUGGACCUGCUGGGAGGCCUGGAUGUAACACCUGCACCACCUAGUGUUACAGUGUAUGAGAAAAACGGUGUGACGCUGAAACUACAGACUGACACACAGACAGACACAGGGAUGACUGUUACUCUCACUGCCACCAACUCCACUGACGGGGACAUCACUGGCCUCACCCUGCAAGCAGCAGUACCCAAGAGCGUCCAGUUACAGAUGAAGGCUCCGAGUGGUGACGUCAUCCCUGCGCAUGGCUUAGGUCAGGUGACCCAGACUGUGCUCCUCAACAACCCAAACAAGGUGAGUCUGAAGAUUAGAGUGCGUGUGUGCUACACCAGCCAGAGCUCUGUCUGCCAGGACACGGUGCAGAUCGACUCCUUCCCAAGCACUGCCUGGUAAUGACCGCUGCAAUCAACCUGUCCAUCAACCCCGACACAGACAUCAGACAAUGUACGUGGAAGGAUCGACAGCUGACCAGGCCCAGGAGUUGGGACCCAUUCUACCUAACAGCUGCCUGUGAAUCAUUUCGAGGGGAUCCUCUCUGUCAAUCAACUAUUCCACACUACAACCUGAUGCUGUCAGUCCAAGCUGAUGUUUUUUCAAAUUACUCUUAAUUCUGUUAUUUUUCUAAAUGGCUGACCCUCGUGAACUGUGGAAAUUGUUCCCCUACAGUUUGACAAGGAUUCAUGUAGAUGAACUCUCAAGAGACUCUGUCACCCUAAAAGCCAUUGUCACCAUUCUACCUUUUCAGCUCCUGUUCGGACUACUGGUAUUACAUUACCCAUAGCGGUAUUAAUGACACCACUGAACAUGGUACUAGCUUCGCUGUGUAUUUCCAGAGUUGCAGGUCAUCUGUGUCACAUCAAUCAACAACAGUAAUAUGCAGCUGUCUGCCUGAGCCAGUGGUACUCGUCCAAUCAGAAGCUCAAUAAAUCCUGAGAACUGCAAUCAUGACUGUCCACAUGAAAGGGGUCUGUCAGGAUACAUUUUAAGAGGAGUUGGAAGUCUUGGCUCGUGCAACCUUGUAAACUAGUUAAAAGCUUGACAACUUGUCUUUCACUCCAGGACUACUGACCUACUUACUGGUGUAGGUUACUGUUACAAUUUUCUCUAGUCUGAGCCACAUGAUCAGCAUCCCUUAACACUACGCCUUAUCUAUACUUACAUGCCUUCCGUUGGUGUGCUCUUGUCCCUACCUCUCUUUACCAUCUGAUCGGCUGCUUCUCUCUUCCCUUGUGCCUGUCACUCAGAACCCCCUUUUGGAGCUGAGGUAUUAUGGUGUAUGUGUAUAUUGAGGUGAGAGUUGCUGUUUUAUCUGUGAAUGAUUUAACUCCCCCAUAUCGCUGUAUCUUCGAAGCAUCAGUGCCAGUCCUAACCAGUGUUUCCCCUGCCAUAGCUUUAGCUUCCAAAGUUAUUUUUUAUGCCCGGGGAAAGACUGGCCCUGACCCCUGCCCUCUUUCAGCUAAAAAAAUGUUCUUGUUCUUAAAACACUAGAUAGUCUUGGGUUGUAUGAGAUUGCAAAUCUUGUUGCAAUACCAAAUAAUUGAUGCAUAUUGGAGAAGUGCCUCCACAAGGUUACAAAAGUUUAAAAAAAAUUAAAUUAAUUUGGUAACUUUUAUUGUUUGGUAACAAUAUUCCAAACAUCUGGGCCUUAUUACCAGCUGCCCUUGCAAUUGUUUGUAAGUAAAUUGGUUUGUGGAUAUUAGUAAGUGUAUGCUUCCAAUGGGAUUCAGUGCAAAUAAGCAAAACAUCCACCCUUUAGACCACUACACUCAAAGGAACCAGCUGGAGAAAUGGAGGCGGAAAGAGAAUUUGGUUUGUGUGCAUUGCCUUCGACUCCCAUGUUGUCAUUUCUAAUUAAAGGUUAUCAAACCUUAA